GAGACGCGGAAGAGCGGCGCGCUUGAAGCUGAUCUUGGGGUGGCAUCAUAGGAUGUUACGGGGGAGAUCCUCGCUCUUAGCGGGGCAGGAGGGAAGCCAGCAGAUUCAGAAUAAAGCUAUAACUAAGAAGGCAUGGAGAUACAGAUCAGGCAGCAGCUGUCAGAUGCUGGGAGACACCAAGAUGUUGAAGCACUGAAGGAUACUUAUAAAUUGAUCAAAUCAGCUAAUGAAGGAAAAUCACCCCUUGAUGCCUUGGAGAAUUUCUCUUCUGACUUGUUUGUCAUGUGUGCAGAACAGGCUUAUAAGAUGGGUUUUCUAGCCAUGAGCAGUGACUGUCUACAAAUGUUUUUUAAAGGAAAACCUCCCAUUAACCAGUUUUUGGGUAGAGCAUAUUUGUGCAAGAGCCAAUUAUAUACCCCUGUGUCUACCGAUAAUUUGGAACAAUUUGAAAAAUUCAUUAUACACUUACUGAAAGUAAUAGACUUUGCAUUAGGUGAUACAAGGUACUAUUUUUUGAUAUAUAAUGCUUCAGUUAUUUACUGGAAGAUUAUAAGGCCAUUUUUUAAGCCUGGAUUCCGCCACUAUCUUAUUCCAAGUCUAUCUCAGAUUGUGCCUGCAUUGAAACACCCAUCCGAGGAGGACAAGAACUGGACUGCAGAACUCAUGAUAGAGUUACUUGAGUGUUUCCUAGAUGCUUCCAGUACACAAGAAGCCAUAGAUUUUUCAUCCACUGCAGCGUCAUUUAUUAAAGAAAAUGUUCCAGGGAGAUAUAAAGAAAUCUUUUCAGUAAUGGUGCGUUACAAACUAGUGGAACCUUCAGCUAUAGAAGAUGAACUUGAAAGCUCUGUCAACCUGAACAUUAUUUAUAAAAUCCAAACAAUCAAGUCGCAGUUAGAUAAAAAUGAGAUUCCACAAGAAGCUGCUACCGAUUUGAGCAAGGUAUAUGGACUUUUGAAAGGAUCUAGAAGGAAAUUAAAUCGUAAAGAAAGAAUUUCAUUGCUGUUGGAACUGGCUCGACUUUCUUUGAAAUUAAAUUGUAUACCAAUUGCAUGUUCAUGUAUAAAUGACUUGAACAAAUGUAAGAUUAGUGAUCCUGGAAAAGAAAUUGAAUUAGAUUGCUUGGAAUGUGAUUGUGAAGUCCAGAAACUUGGGCCUAAAAUAGAAACUUAUGCCAAAAGUGUUGUUGAGGCUCAACUAAAAAUAAUACAGAAGCUUGAGCUAAUUUUGAAUCAUGCAAUUCGGCUGAAGGACCCUAAUGUUAUUCAGGCAGUAUGUACUACUCAGUGGAAUACCUGCUUGCCAUUGCUGCAACAUAAUUUGCAACAGCAUGUCCGAAAACCAUUGCUAGCUAUUGCUGAAAUUCUAGAGAAGAUUGACAGCAUGUUGAUUUUAUUACGUUGCCAAGUUCAUAUGGAAAUUGCCCGCAUUGAGGAAAAGGCAGACAGAAUAGAGGCUGCCAUGGAGCAUUUGCAGAAGGCAAUUUAUCUUGAUAAUAAUGGACAGUAUCAUGAAUACCUUAAAAUGGCUUUCCAUCGGCUUAACUUAAACACCAUGUUGUACCAGACACUGGAACGUCUAGAAGACCAAGCAAGCUUGAUGAUUGAACAGGCUAAAAAAGGCAUGCCAAAAGAUAGCGUGAGAAAAAAGCGAUCUCUUUUGGUGAAUGCUGGCCUUGCGCUAGCUCCUGAGGCAUUUCAGAUUGUCCUUGAUAGCGAAAAUGAAGCUAAAGUUGCUUCAAGUAAAAGGAAGGGUCCAAUUGGCUAUCUCUGUGCAAAGGCAGAACACCACACCAGAAAUGUGGAGAAAGCAGAUGGACAUUUGAAGAGAAUAGGACGUGAAAAUGAAAAAGAGAGAAUCAGACUUUGGUCAGAAAUAGCAAAAACAGCACGGAAACAAAGUGUGUGGGAUGUGUGUCGGGCUGCAUGUCGAUUCUGCCUCUUGUAUGAUGACAGUCAAACAAAAGUGUCAAAACGCAAGAAGUUAUUCAGGAAAAAAACUAGUAUGAUUUUGGCAGAUGAUGAACAAGAAGCAAAUGUGCAAAGAGAAUCACCUUCGCCUACUAAAUUAUUCACUUUAGAAAGAGAUUUACUCAGAACUUUAGCGGAAGUAAGAUUCAUUAAUGCAGAGGCUACUGUUCAUUUAUUAAGAAUGGAAGGUGUCCAGCUCAAUGAUCAUGCUGUCAUUCCUGUAGAUACAAGUCUGCACUCUGCUGGACAUGCUAUGCACAAAGCACAAACCGAGCAUGAAUCAGAAUGGAAGACAUACAGCUCCUGGAUUGACCACUUAUCUCAAUAUGCCAUGGAAAACUUUCUACGGGCUGCCAGAAUUGGAGAAGAGUUAAAUGAAGCAUGGAUUGUGCAUAACACUGUGGUGUAUGUCUUAAAUCACAAUAAACAUCUGAUUGCUUCAAAAAGACAAAGAGAAAUUGUGGAAUCCCUGCAAACUCUUUUCAGUGCUGUUAGGAGUACUGGACAUUUUGGGGAUACUACUAUUUUGGUAACAUUAUGUAAUGCUCUGGCUCGGGCUCUAAUUCUUUCUUGGAUUCCAAAACCUAUUUCCAAAUCUGAUGAAAAGAGAGUUUCGGACGAAGGACCCACCAAACGUAAAAAGAAUGCCCCCAAAGUACCAACUUCAUGUAUUGUACCAACUUCAUCUGUGGAUCCAGCUGGGAUCCAUGAUAUUAAAGCAGCCAUAGAGGUUUGUGAAUUUGCCAUACAUUUGCCUAAUGGAAGUGUACCUGAUGAGCCGGUGCCUAUUGCUAUGCGUCAACAGAUUAUUGCUACUUGGGUGAAAGCCAAACAGUUAGUUCAGCAUCAAAUUGGAAGGUGGCAUGGAACUGAUGAUGAGAGUAAUGAUGAGGGGUCCAGUCCCAUGGCAAAAGUUUUUAUUGGUCUGGAAAUGUACUCCUGCAAUGGUUUGGGUCUCAUGGACUUUUCACUUCCCAGCUUGCCUCAUUUGGUGAAAAUGGCUUUAGAGUGCAGUUGGCCAGACUCACUGGUGCAACUUCAGACACUGACAAGACUUACACAUUUUGCACACACCAUCCAUGACCAUGAACUGGUGAUGACUUGCUCUCAGAAGGCUUUGGAAUUAGAUGAUAAAGCAGCAUACAACACCGAUGCAAAGAAAAAGGGAAUGAGUGAUUACACAGUGAGACAGGAAAUGCUAAGCAUUGCUACUUGUACACAAGGGAAAAGUAUGAUGGUAAAUCUAGCUGGCAAAAAACAUUUGCGUUUGGCAGCAUCAAAAUCCUUUGUUGAAAGUGCAAGGUAUGCAGGAGAAGCAGGGAAUAUUUCUCUUGCUAUGAUAGCAGCUAGACAUUUCUGGAAUGCGUGCUUACCAUUCAUAGGCUCUUCAGCAGACAGGCAACAGCUCAAAAUGCCCACUGAAGUCAUUCUUAAGAGCAUCAUUAAAGCAUCAGAAGCCAAACAUAAGCAGGAAACAGACCAUAUGUUACACUUGCAUCAGUGGCCUACAAUAGACUUUCAAAGCAGCUGUUCAUCUGAUGGGCAUUUUUCCCCAGGUGCUGAUGAGGAUUUGACCUUAAGGGCAUUCUUGUAUGUGUUACUGUUCCAAGUGUAUGCUGAUAAAAACGAUUGGGAGGCAGCCCUCAAAGUGUUAGAUGAUGGCAUUCAGAGUCUUCCUAGAACAAAGCACAGACUCCCAAUUUUUAAACAUAUGGUAAUGGUGAAAGCAAGACUUGGACGUAACUAUAUAAUGGAAAUUCAGAAAUUCAGAGAUGAAAAUGAAGACUAUAUGUCACAUAUGUGGCAUCGUCUGGCAUCUGUGUCAUCUGAUCUUGUGGGACAGCUGUCCUGUUACCAAAAUGCAAUUGAGGUUUUGCAGAAAAAGGAAUUUGCAUUAAAGAAAGUUGAUAAUCUGUUAGGAUUUGCAGAAUGGCUAUAUUGCAAUCAGUUUCCUCUUAGUGAAGCUAUUAAACACCUGGACUGGGCAAUAUAUAUAUUGCUGUACCUGAAACCUGUCCGAAAAAGCCCUGAAGAAGAAGAUUUAAACGGCCAAAUUGCCAUUGGGGAUUUAAAAAGUAUAAAGCAGUUAGAAGCUUUGUUUAGAGCUCAUACUGUAACGGCAGUUAUUUCUGGACAUGGUUCGCCUUCUCAUGAGCAACACUGUUUGAUGGCAUAUGCUUUCGUGAUGCGCAUUUGGCAGAUGUCACUGGCAUCAGCAGGAACUGUUUUAAAGACGUUGGCCAAAACUUCACCAAGUCAGCAAGCUUCUCCCAAAACUAAAGGGAAAAAAGAUGCCAAACAACCGGCUGCUAGUCAGACUUCACCAACGACCCCUCCAAAAAAAGAUAAAUCUUCAAAAGAGGUUAAACAGGUACAGUCAGUCAUUAAAGAGAAACAAAAGAGGAAAGGACCAAUUGAAGCCUUACCUGCAAAUGUGGAGGAAUGGGCUAGCUAUGAAUGUCCUGACGAAGUUAGAGAAGCCUUUAAACAAGACUCAAGUGGCUGUACUCUGAACAGAGAAACAAUUUUAGCACCUACACGCACCUUAUACUACUUAGACCUUUUAGUGAAGGAGCUGCAGACAAUUUUGUGUACACACUUGACUCUUCCGGUUCUUCUUCUGGCUGAGGUCAUUGCUCAUGAUGUGGUAGAGAGCAAAAGUUUGUCAGAUCUCUACCAUCUUCGACUCUCCAGAAUGUGUUUAGAUUUAAAAUUAUGUCAAGCAUCAUCUUAUCAUGAGAAGACAGUGGGUGAAGUUUACAUUAAUGAAAUGGAACAAGGAAGGUUUAGGCAAGAGAUAGCAUUUAAAAAUGAGAAUGCCAUAAAGAACAAUCAGAAGGAAAAUAACAUAUUUGACAGUACAAAGCCAGGUGAAGUGGAUCAGAGUAAAAAAUUGUUUACUGCAAAAGAUAAGAUUUUGGAACUAAAUCCUGUGACUGAAAAAGGUUUAAGUGGGCUUUCCUUCCCCUAUUUGUGGAUAGACAAAGCAGAAGUUCUAAUCCAACUGUGUUUAUAUCAGCCAGCAAGACUACUACUUUCAGAAGCACACCAAGCAACUCAGGAAAUGAAUGACCUAUGUGCUGUAUCGCGAUGCCUUUAUCUUCUAGCUGUGCUAGCUAACUUGGAAAAAAACCAUGGACAAGCUAAAGCACUGCUUGAGAAGUCACAAUUGAUAGGUGGAAAUGAAAAAUUUUGGCACAAUAGCACUUUGUGUCUCACAGAAGCAAUUUUAGGGGAAGACAAGGAAGGAAAAGUGAAAAUGCUGCGGUCUUGCCAAUUUCUACAAAAAACGCUAAAUGUCUUGAGACCACUAUUGCUGGAAAGACCCAACAGAGAAUAUGAGUUGGGUGUUAUAAUUGCAUGCUUUGAAGCCAGGAAAGCAUAUAUUCAGAUAGAGUUUGCCCAAGAUUUCAUCAAUGCUAGUUGUCAUUCUACUGAGUUAGCAAGAAUGCUACUGGAGCCAUAUGAUAAAUUAAUUCACAUAGAGAAGGACUUCUUUUCUUACGGAUAUAAAGAUCAUAGCACUGAGGUUUUGCUGGCACGUGCAAAUAUUCACAGGAUGCUUGGAAAAGAUUCAACAUACACGGUAGACAAACAGAGUCAUUACUUAGAUGCAUACAGAUUAGCUCAAGAAGCGGUAUCACAAAUGGAAGAGCUUUUUCGACAUAUUAAUAAUGUCCUGCCAGUAAAUGAGACUAGAAAUAUUAACACACCAUUCAUGAGAAGACUUGCUAGCAUGAAGUUGACCCUUACAGAGAUCAUUUUGGAUAUUUUUGUUCUUAUCAAUAUUGAGAAAAAAAAGAAAGAGGCCAAAGCAGAUCAAAUUGAGCAUAUUAUUGAGGAAUUUGUAAGAUUUACACCUGAUGCUGCUUCUGUUGAACAGGCAUGGAUAACCCUCGGUCACACAAUUGGUCAUAAUGCCCAGGCUCAACUAACAAGCCUACAAAGUCUUUAUACUGGCUGUCCUGAUAUCAGAGCCAAAUACCUCUUUCUCACUGGGAGGUGUCUGCACUUGCUUGCUGAUCACACAGAUCCCUUCUAUUCAGAUAUUUAUUGGUGUAAAAAUGUAGUGGAAGAAACUAAAGUUGUCUCUGAGACAUCUCCGUCACCAGAAUCAGAAGAAAAAUGUGAUGAAAGUGAAACGCCAGCUGCUCAUUUGCCACUCACCGAAAAACAGCUUGAUGAUUACAGGAAGAAAGCAAAUGAAUUAAGGAGGAGACAGACUUGGACCCAAAAAUACCUGUUUCAGUCAACGGAGGUUUUGCUGCAGAGCAUUAAUGCUGCAAUUAAUAACAACAUGAUUGAUACCCUGGCUGCUGCUAGUUUGGAAAUGGUGGAGUGCUUUGGACAAUUUGACCCAGUUUCAGCAAGCCAGUUUUUGGCCCUUUAUCAGAGCUGUACAGCAUCAAAGAUGAUGAAAAACAUCCUGCUAACAGCUACGUUGAACACUAGCAGUUCACAACUAGCUGCAAUGCUGCAUCUGCAGCACCACUUGGAACAAAAAGGAGAUAUUACAAGCAGUCUUCUAAAAAAUGUGGAACAGAGGUUAGCUACAAUCUCAAAGGCAUGGGGAAAUCUUUGCAUUUCUACACAACACUUUAAUAUCAUGAAUGAAUUACCACCAAAUUUUCAUGUAAUCAUUCUCCAGCAUUCAGAAGACAGAUCUCUCUUGUAUGGUGCGGUACUUGAGAAAGUAAGAUCUGCCAGUCCAAAGGAGCAAAGAGAACACAAGGAAAAGGGUGGACAGAAGAAAGAAAAGGGUGGACAGCAAAAGGAAAAGAGCGGACAGCAGAAGGAAAAGGGUGGACAGCAAAAAGGAAAACCUGUUCAGAUGACUUUGCAGGCUAAAAUUGUGCGGUCCCAUGUGAAUUCUGAUACUUUCUUGAAUUUGUUGGAGAGGGUAAAGCUUUUCAAACAAGAAAAGAUGAAGAGUCUUCUGAAGCAAAUAUCACCAGAUAAAGCCCAGGAAGACAAAAAUGAGUUUCGAAGAAUGCAAGAAUCAUCUGUCAAAUUAGUUACAAAUAUGGAACAUGAAGAUGAACAACAUUUUAUAUUAGAAUUCCAGGCUAUCUUGAAAGAAAUGGAAGAAUAUCUGAAACCUGUAUUGUCACAGUUUGAUUUCUCCGAGCUGAGGCAUCCCAGUCCAGCAGUCUCUCCAGCUGACUCGGGGAAAACCAAAGGUGACUCAGGUAAAGCUAAAGCAGGUGACUCAGGAAAAAACAAAAAAGGUAGUCCAGGAAAAACUAAAGCAGAUGACUCAGGAAAAGCCAAAGCAAAUGAGGCAGGGAAAGCAAAAACUAAAAAUAAGGAGAAAGCCAGUACAAAUCAAGCUGGUCUUGAAGAUACAGGAGAAUACAUGAUACUGCUGGUGGACAAAUUUCUUAUGGAGUUACCUUUGGAAGGUCUGAAUAUCUUUCAAGAAGAGACAAUAAGUUCUGUGUCCAGAGACUUUUCUCUCCAAAUUUUGUACAACCGCUUGCAUAAAGAAGAAUCAGAAAAUGAAAUAAAAAAGGAUGUAAAAGGUGCAAAGGAAUCAAAACCAAAAGGUGAACAAAAAAGGUCCAUGAAAGGACCUGUCCUUAACCGUGUUCUGCCAUCCAACUGCCUUCCCAUUGAUAUACAUAAUAUUAAAUAUGUUGUGGAUCCAUAUAAUGAUGCAAAAGAAAAAGAAUCAGAAAGUCCUGCACAAAAAUUUAAGACACUCCUAGAAAAAUAUGAGCCAUUUACAUUUCGUUGGGAUGGAAUUAUUGGUAGCACACAUGUUCCAAGUCAAGCUGAGUGGGAACAUUUACUGAAUAACUGCAGCACACUUCUCUUCUCUGGAUUCUCAAGAUUUCUCUCUCAUAUAUUGCUUGAAAGAUUAGUUCCUAUGAACAUCCCAGAAUGUCAGUUGAUGGUGCUUUUAGAACUUGUGCAUUCAAAACCAAGUGUUGCACGAGUGAGAAAUCUUGAUGAGGAUAAAAGUUCUUUACGCUUGUCUCUGGAGAUGCCAACUGAGACAGCAAUUAUUCUAAGCCUUACUGGAGUGCGUUCUAUCAUAGCUAACCAAUGGUUUACUGCCUUGGAAGAGAAUGCAACACGACUGGAAAGCUUAUGUGAAAAUUUGAUAAAAGUAGGCAAAACAACUGGACAGGCUGUUCGUAUUCUUCAAAGGAGUAAGACUGCUGUGGAUGAAUCUCCUAAAUUGGAGUCGGAUUCCUCUGAAGACAAGAAAGAAGACCAGAGGAAAAGUCCCGGUGGGCUAAGCCAUUCUACAACACAGCCGUCAGCUCUUAAUACUGUUUUAUAUGGGCUGCCCAACAUGAUGUUUAUGUGAUUCACAAAAAAAUCUUUAUGUAAAAUGGAAACUGGUUAAAGUGUGAAGUAAAACUGUUUUGUUGAAGUUUGUUAAAAAUAAGAAUUUACAAAGGUUUGAGCUGUGCUUAGUGGCUCUUGUAUUUAAACACUGGCAUUCAGAUUAAGAGAGAGAGAGAAAUUGCUAUUAAAAGUUUCAGUUGCUCUAAUUUGCUCCAGACAGUUCACUGCAGAUUUUUGUGGGUUGUUUUUUCCCCUUAUGUGUACUUGCAACUCAAGUUACUUUGUGAUGCUAUUGCAGUUCUGUUAGCCGCACAACCAACAUUGUAGUUAUACCCAGUGAUUGCAACAGUGCAUUUCAAAACAAAGUUAGUAUGCUAUGUUAAGGGGAAAACACCUAUUUGUUCCAGUCUAGGAUGCUUAUAUAAAACAGAAGCAUGAAGCUUCUAACCCAGGUAAGCAUCCAUACAACCAUGUAUAUUUAUAACAAUAACAGAUUCCUCAUCAGUUUGCAAUUUUUCAGUGAAUUUCUCCUAAUAUACAUAUGUCUGUAUGCAAUUUUGCCCUAUGUAUGGAUUUUUGCAAAGCAGUUUCCCCUAAUGUAAUGCAUUUUAAUGUUGUUUUCACGAAUGUAUGCAUUUUUAUGCGCAUCUUACCCUAGUAUAUGCAUUUUUGUAUAUAUUACAUGGCUGGAGAAUGGCACUGAAAAAAUUGUAUUUCAUUUCAUGUACUAUUUCAGACAGUACAAAUUAAGUAGGUUCACCUUUAAAGGUGAACUGGAUCAAAUUUCCUCCCCCGCUGUCAGGAAUACCUUGCAGAGAGCAAGGGGGCUGCAGCAGGAAGAAAGAGGCAAAAAAGCCCUGUAUGACUUGAAUUCCUCUCACUCUUGUCUGGAUCCAAGCCGAUGUGCUGUUUUACUGGCAAUUUUGUUCCAUUAUUUUUCUAGUAAGGCCCAUAGAAUAUAAAACCACACCUUGUUAACUGCAGUUAUAUAAACCAAAUUCCUAAAUUAACUUUAAGUUAGUAGAUAUCUUAGAGACUAUAGAAAUCUUGCAUUUUAUUUAAUCUGUUUCCUAGGGUUUAAUGAGGGGGGAUAACAUCAAGUGAAAAUGCAAAAAUCUAAUAAGCACUUAAUUUCUCAAAAGUUCUUGAAUAUUUCUUUCUUAGCAAACCAGACAUGCC